GAGCAUUGCUUCGUGUAUACACUAACGGUCGCAGAUAUUUAUCGAAAAACAUCAUCAAACUAGAGAACCCGGCUGAGUUCGACGGCAGGUCCUGGACCGUAGAAUAACGAACAGACGAAUAUGGCCUUAAUACCGAGCCUCCGUAACGUACUUCCAGGGUUAGAAAAGUCAUGCAUUCGAAGACAGAUUCACGUGACACCAGUCGCUGCAAAAGUAGUGGCAGCCAGAUAUCGAGUCACGACGAAGCGGGACAAACCGCUCACCUAUGAGAUGGCCAAUCCCCCUCAUUUCAUCGCUCACAGGAAGGGCUGGAAUUCAUGGAACACUGCAAACAUAGCUGAUGGUCACAGACCGGCAGAAACUUUACUUGAAGACGUCUUCAUCCGCCGUUUUGUAACAGGAACAUGGCAUUCACUGUUUCUCAGCGAAGUUAUUAUCAAACGCCAACAUAACAUAAUUAGAAUUGCUGGGAUCGUUCGACGAGGCAUCGCUACCAGCAAGAUGUAUUUUCUGAUUGGUUACACAGAGGAACUGCUCAGUUUUUGGCUCCAAUGUCCAGUUAAAUUAGAGCUUCAGUCGGUAAAUGACAAGAACGAUGUGAUUUACAAAUAUAUUUAAAUAAUAUUGUGUAUAUGGAUAAAAAUCGAUAGAAUAAACAUGUAUAUAUAAAUGAUUAAAAAUAGUAAACGGUUUUGAAGUUGUAUUCAAUUGGAAUAUCUUUGUACACUCUUACCUUUUUCACAUUGCAUAGUUUUUUUUUUUAAGAUUCUCUGUGCAAGAUAGGGAAAGCACUUUUAUUUGAGUUGUUGAUAAAAAUCUCCUGUAUAAAGUUAAAUUGGAUCUUGAAUGUUUCAUACUCUAUAAGUAGGCAAAUUGGGACAAAUUGACUAUCAUUUGCAUAUGUUUAAUUUACCUUUUAUUAGUUCGACAAAUUGUUACAUUCGAUUAUAACGUAAAUGCAGUUCAUAUGCGGUAAUUGCAUUUAUCAAUAAAAAAUAAAGUACAAGUCACCCUAAAA